AUGGCAGAAUUCACCCAUGAAAGCAUAAAAGAACAAGAGGAAGAAGUUUUACAGGAGGAAGUGUUGGAAUUUGCACCGGCAGCACUAGAUGACUCCCUGCCAGAAGUAGAGGACCCUCUACAGGAGAUAAACUUAGGGACAGAAGAAGAUCCAAGGCCUACUUUCAUCAGUACACUGUUAAAGGAACCACUCAAGGCUGAACUCACGGCACUUUUGCAGGAGUUCAGAGAUUGUUUUGCCUGGCAUUACCACGAGAUGCUAGGAUUGGACAGGCAGUUAGUGGAGCACAAGCUGCCAAUUAAAGAUGGCUACCUUCCAGUCAAACAGGCCAGAAGAAGAAUAAAAACAGGGGCAGUUAGAAUCUGCGUAGAUUACAGGAAUCUGAAUGAGGCAUCUCCUAAAGACGAAUAUCCUAUGCCAAUGGCAGACAUGUUAGUGGAUGGAGCCGCUCAUAACCAGAUGCUAUCUUUCAUGGACGGCAAUGCAGGAAAAAUCCAACCCUUUUCCUCCCUGUUGAGACUGAAGCAGGAACAGACAUUCAAAUGGGAAGAACAGCACCAACAGGCUUUCCAGGAAAUAAAGCAUUACCUCUCAAAUCCACCAGUUCUGUCCCCACCAAAAAGGGGCAGACCCCUCAAACUUUAUGUAUCUGCAUCAGAAGUAUCCAUUGGAAGUCUGCUAGUUCAAGAUAACAAAGAAGGAAAAGAACAGGCGGUCUACUAUCUAAGCAGAACGUUGACAGAAGUGGAAAGAAGGUAUUCCGCAAUAGAAAGGCUUUGCCUAGCCUUAUAUUUCACUGCUGUGAAGCUCAGGCACUACAUGCUGCCACAUACUAUCUACAUCAUUGCCAAAACCGACUUAAUCAAAUACAUGCUAACAAGACCAAUGCUGAGGGGCAGAAUUGGGAAAUGGACUUUGGCUUUGACAGAAUUCACCCUCAGAGCUCAUGUUUGCCUUAACAAUCCAAUUUACUCGAUUCAUCUCACACCUUGGAAAUUAUAUUUUGAUGGAUCGAAGACAGACAAGGCUUCAGGAGCAGGGAUUGUUCUGGAAGAACCAUUAGGGGUCAGGCAUUGCUAUUCUUUCCAGCUAGAUUUCCAAUGCACCAACAACAGGGCCGAAUAUGAGGCUUUGAUUAUAGGGCUCGAAAUGUUGGUAGAAUUAGGAGUCCAGUCCGUGGAAAUCUUGGGAGAUUCCAUGCUUGUCCUAAAACAGAUUGCUGGAGAAUAUAAGUGUCUGAAUCCCUCUCUGGCUGUAUAUCUAGUGGCAGCUAGAAAUCUGCUAACAGAAUUUAGAGAAGCUACUUGGGAGCACAUCCCAAGGGAGAAAAACUUUGCAGCCAAUGAACUGGCUCAGGUGGCAUCAGGCAUACAAAUGCCCGAAGACUGCGUCCAAAGGAUCAUCAAGAUAGGAAGGAAAAGUCUACCAUCUGUUUUGACGAGAGGAAUGGAGAUAGAAGUCAAUUCUGCCUCGAUCACUGGAGAUGAGUGGAGGGAGCCUAUCAUGACUUACUUACGAUAUCCCACUCUGCCCUCUGAGAAAAGAGUCAGAAUCAUGGCUACAAACUACCUCAUGUGGAAUGAAGAUUUGGUCCGAAAAAGUAAGGAUGAGGUACUAUUAAGGUGCCUCGGGAAGACAGAAUACAUGAAAGUCAUGGGAGAAACCCAUGAGGGGGUCUGUGGAGCUCACCAAGGGGGAAGAAAGAUGUGCUGGUUAAUCAGAAGAUAUGGCUACUUCUGGCCAACCAUGAUGAAGGAUUGCAUCGACUAUUCCAAAGGAUGUGAAGCCUGUCAAAGGCACGGCCCAAUCCAGCAGGCUCCUUCGGUUCCCAUGAAUCCAGUAGUAAAACCAUGGCCUUUCAGGGGAUGGGCAAUGGAUCUCAUUGGCAAAAUCUAUCCAGCCAGCAACCAGCAGCACUGUUUCAUCAUCGUUGCCACAGAUUAUUUCACCAAGUGGGUAGAAGCCAAGCCAGCAGAAUCAAGUAACAAGGUGAUUAUCAAUAUCAUUAGAAAGAUGCUAGAGAAAAAUCCAAAGCAAUGGCACGAGAAGUUGUCAGAAACUUUGUGGGCAUACAGAACUUCGAAGAGAGAAGCGACUGGCAUGACCCCCUAUGCUCUAACCUACGGCCACGAUGCAAUUCUUCCCAUGGAGAUAGCAGUCCAGUCCCUUAGAAUUGCUCACCAGCAUGGUCUCACUGGGGAGGAUUACUCCCAAGCCAUGUUACUGGAAUUGGAAGGAUUGGAUGCAAGCAGAAUUGAUACCCUCAACAAACUCUUAGCAGGAAAACAGGCUUUGUUCUGUUUUUACUGUACUUUCAAAACCGUGUCCGGUUAUUGCAUCAAGAAUAAAAAGCAGUAA